AUGAGGGAAGCCCAAGUGGCACAAAUGCCGAAGCUCCCUCUGGUGAUGAUUUCAGCCUCUCCUUGGCGGAUACUAAUCUACCAUCUGAAGUGGAGCCAGCUGCGCAGUUUCAUUGCUAAGCGUCUUUCAAAGGGAGCAGUCUUUGAAGGGCUGGGUAAUGUUGCAUCUGUGGAGCUGAGAAUUCCAGGUUACCGAGUUGGUUGUUAUUACUGCCUUUUUCAACAAGAAAAUCUGCUUCCUGAAACAACAACAAUGGACUCUGAACAUAACCCUUCAGAGUAUGUGGUCUGUUUUUUAGGAGGGUCUGAAAAAGGUCUUGAGCUUUUCAGGCUUGAAUUGGACAAGUAUAUUCAAGGGCUGAAAAAUAACAUGAACUGUGAGGAAAGGGGCUUGGAGAACAACACAAAGCCCUAUCUGUGCAGCUGGUUCGAGGAUGUGGUAUGCCCAAUCCAAAGGGUUGUUCUUCUCUUUCAGGAAAAGCUUACAUAUCUGCUACAUGCCGCUUUGAGUUAUACUCCUGUUGAGGUUAAAGACUCAGAUGAGAAAACAAAGAGAGACAUUAACAGGUUUCUGAGUGUGGCCAGUCUUCAAGGACUGAUUCAUGAAGGCACCAUGACUUCUUUGUGCAUGGCCAUGACGGAGGAGCAACAUAAGUCUGUGGUCAUCGACUGUAGUAACUCCCAGCCUCAGGUCUACAAUGCAGGAAGCAACCGGUUUUGUGAGGAUUGGAUGCAUGCUUUUUUAAAUGUUGCUGAAGGGGGCAACCCUUUUCUUUUCCGACAAGUACUGGAGAACUUUAAACUAAAGGCCAUACAAGACACAAAUAAUUUGAAGAGAUAUAUCCGACAGGCAGAAAUGAACCACUAUGCUUUGUUUAAAUGUUACAUGUUCCUAAAGAACUGUGGUAGUGGAGAUAUACUUUUGAAGAUUGUUAAAGUGGAACACGAAGAAAUGCCUGAAGCCAAAAAUGUGGUGGCUGUCCUUGAAGAAUUCAUGAAAGAAACUCUUGCCUAAAGUUUUUGAUCAUAUGUUUUCUGAUAAUCGUAUCACGAUGUUGUAUUUUCAAGUCUCACUGUUUGAAAUUGCAGUUGUUAUAAUUCUUAGGCUUGCUAUUUAAGAUUAUUUGACACUCAUUCCAGAUUUUUUCUUUUUGUACUUUAAAAGUUUAACUUAAACAAAAAUCU